AUGACCUCUAACCCCGCCCUUUCCUCGGAAGCGCUCGCGUUCCGCAGGGACACCUGUCUCAUGGCGAAGCACAUCACCGCUAUCUGCGGCUUGCCGAGCAACCCGGUCAAGGAAGGUGUCACGUACGACGGCGACGCAGACGGCACUGUACACUAUCAAUUCUACUUCCCCAAUGCCUCGACGGUGUCCGUCGUGACCUUCGACACAACUGUGUCGCUGGAAAAGAGCGCAGAGAAAGGUGUCUGGACCGGCACGGGACACUACCCACCGGGUCUGCAGUGCUUGAACCUCUUCGUUAAUGGCCACGAUGUCUGCUCUCCGUACCUCCCUUUCGCCUACAACUACAGCCGCCCCAUCAACUACAUUGACGUGCCGCCAGUAGACCUGGAGCAUUGUUACUAUUUGAUGCGACCGCGCAUCGAGUACGGCACCGUGGCACAUGACCUCUUCUCCACCUCCGAGGACACCCAGGAGGCUCUCCUCAUCUACCUGCCGCCGUCGUAUCGCAAGACCGCCAACGCCACCCGCCGCUACCCGGUGCUUUACCUGCAGCACGGCCUUGGCGAGAACGAGAACGCGUGGGUGCAGCACGGCAAGCUGAACAUCAUCGCCGACAACCUCAUUGCGGACGGCAAGAUGACGGAGAUGAUCAUCGUGAUGGGAAAUGGCAUGAUGUACACGCAGGACGGCGUGGUAGACCCAUUCGGCUACGUGGACCGUCUCGUGAAAAACGUAAUCCCGUACGUGGAUGGCAACUACCGCACCCUCGCAGAUCGCAAUUACCGCGCCAUGGCCGGUCUUUCUAUGGGCUCUACCCAGGCGACCUAUGCCACCAUGCAGAACCCGCAUCUCUUUUCUGCCGUUGGCAUCUUUUGCGGCUUCUUGCAGCUGAACUGGAGCAACGAGGUCGCCAAGCGGGAGGAGUACUUCGCCGAGUUCAAGGCGAACCCGCAGGCCUAUCGCGACGCCAUGAAGGUCAUCUUCCGUGCUAUGGGCGACACCGACUCCUACAUCCGUAUCUUUGAGGACGAUAACAAGAUCCUUGACAGCCUUGGCUUCAAGGAGGAUGUGCGCAAGAUGUAUGCGGGUGCGCACUCAUGGCAAGUGUGGCGCAUGUGUGCCACGGACUUCUUGCCUCUCCUUUUCAAGGGCUAG